AUGUAUCAGGCCUCUCGCGGACACGCCUCUCCAGCCGUUAAAGUUAGUUUGGCUCAGUGUUCCCUCGAGGCCUGCGUCAUCACCUCUGAGGUGGAGCUUCCUUUGGCACUGGAUCGAAACCGAAAGUACUAUCGUCAAAAAGAGCAUUAUGCUAGAGAGCUUUGUAACAUCGUAAUGGCUUGUGCUAAAGUUACGGUUCUUUUGCGGGUUCCAUGUCUACUUCUUGUUAUUUGCCUGGUCAUAUCCCAAACAAAGGGGCAAGACUACUGUCAGGAUGGACAGUAUGAACUCAACGGGAGAACUUGCUGCAUGUGUCCUGCUGGCAACAGGGUUCAGGCGCAUUGUACGGACCAGAACCACACUAAAUGUGAGCCUUGUGUGGACGGGAAGGAGUACCAACUUCAUGCCACCACGCAGACGACGUGUGAGCCCUGCACCUCCUGCGAACAUCCAAAUGCUAAUCUGGAAGUGGCUAGGAAGUGCACUCCUAAAGUUGACUCCACAUGCAAGUGCAAAGAGAACCACUAUUGUCACGCUGGUCCCGACACAAACAAUUGCAACAUUUGUGAGCCUUGCCGAGUGUGUGGUUCGGAAGGCUUCAGAGUGGCCUGUUCGGCUUCCAAUAACACAGUAUGCAAUGAGAAACCCAGAGAUGAUACAGUUGCUAUAAUUGGAGGCACAUUGGGAUGCUUGGCAGUCGUAGCAGGUGUACUUGGAGCUGUCUACUGGUGGAAGAAAAGAAGCAGAGGCGUGACUCUGACAGACCAGAAUACGGAACAUUUGCCUCUGCAGCCUGUCACAGGUAAGAACAUUAUCAACUCGUUCUUCUAA